UUCCGGUCUCCACGUCCCGGGGGGCCGGGCUUCUCUGGCUUGCUGUCUCAGCUGCUCUGGAAGACUCACACUGGAUUGGUGAAGUACCUCUGCUGAAACCAUGACCAGAUGGGCUAGAGUGACUACCUCAAAUAAUAAGAGACCCUUGUCUGCAACAUCAUGGGAGGACAUGAAGAAAGGGUCUUCAGAGAGCCCAGACCACAACCUCCCAAAGCAUAAACAGCGUCAAAUCAGUAGGCUGUCCCUUAAAAAUGAUGCACCUCAAGGAAAACAUAAAAAGAACAAAAAGAAAAAAGAGUACUUAAAUGAAGAUGUGAAUGGAUUCAUGGAAUACCUAAAACAGAACUCGCAGAUGCUUCGCCAUGGAGAGUUGAUCGAGACAGACAGCCAGGAAGUACGGGAAGAAAUCGCGGUGGCCUUAAAGAAAGACAGUCGACGAGAGGAAAGACGGUUAAAAAGACAAGCAGCGAAGAAAAAUGCAAUGGUGUGUUUCCACUGUAGAAGACCUGGCCAUGGAGUUGCUGAUUGCCCGGCUGCACUCGAGAGUCAGGACAUGGGCACUGGCAUUUGUUACCGCUGCGGGUCCACAGAGCACGAGAUCACCAAGUGCAGGGCCAGCGUGGACCCCGCGCUCGGUGAAUUUCCUUUUGCAAAGUGUUUUGUCUGUGGAGAAGUGGGACACCUGUCCAGGUCCUGCCCUGAUAAUCCCAAAGGAGUCUAUGCUGAUGGUGGCGGCUGCAAACUCUGUGGCUCUGUGGAACAUUUUAAGAAAGAUUGCCCUGAAAAUCAAAAUUCAGAUCGAGUGGUCACAGUUGGUCGCUGGGCAAAGGGAAUGAGCGCAGACUAUGAAGACAUCCUGGAUGUUCCCAAACCACAGAAGCCUAAAACUAGAGUACCCAAAGUUGUCAAUUUUUAAUAAGAAUUGGUCCUGUUGUUAAUCACCACCUCACUGUUACUUUCCAAAGUAGGCCUUUACAGGUUAGAGCCGGGCAGGCAAGCCUAUAUUACGGACACCACUCUGACCUUGGCGGAGUCAAGUUGCCUGCAUUCUGUCUAUCAAGGAGUAUGGUGUGUGUGUGUGUGUGUGUGUGUGUGUGUGUGUGUGUGUGUGUGUGUGUGUAUUAGAUACAGAUUCCGUGUAGCUCAGGUCCUGCCUGCCUCAGUGCCCUGGGUACUAGGGUUACGGGUGUGUGCCUAAGAACAUAAUUUAACAGUCAGAACUUAGACGUAACUAAGUGACUGUCAUCUCUAUAAAUCUAAAUUAUUCAUCAAAAUUGAUCACCCCUAAACAAAGCACACAGCUUCAAGUCUGUGAAUAAGUAGAAUUUUGUUAUUCUUAGUUCAGAGUGUCAAUUUAUUGUAAUAGAAGGUUAUUUAUAUGUUGUCACAAAGUCUAUCAUUUUUAGUACCAAAUAAAAUCUAUGAGCUGUUUGUCUAUGGUGAACUGGCCAUUGUUUGUUAUUCUCAUUUCAGAGUCCCCUUGGAAACAAGUCUUAAUAGGAAUAAACGGGGAUCUGUUUAGUUUUACUACAAAGAAUUAGAAAUUACUAAUAUUAAAAUUAAAGAGUACUUCAGCCUCACAGCUCUGUUUUGCCUUCAGUCUUUCAAGAGAGAAAUUGUAGCCAAAAAAAUAAUGUGCAGUAUUCAGAAGAGUGACGUCCCAGCGUUGUGUUCACAUGCUGUAGAUGAGUCAGGGUGUGAUGGAAGGAUCCCCAUAAUAGAGUUAGAACACUAAUCAGAGACCCAUUAGCUCCUUUGUCUGAUUUGAUGAAUACAUGCAUAUUUAAUACAUAUAUUCCACAAGCCCUGCCACGGCCAUUGUGCAGUAUAAUGGAAUGACUGGGGUUUGCGGGUUCCAUUUGAAAUUUUACCUGAUUGAAUCCAUUUGUAACUGAAGGAAGCAGCUGUGAUUAGUUACUGAUGCCUCAAAAGCUAAAUAUUUACCAAAUAAGAAAAGAAGCACUUUCUCUGUUUUCAUGUCUGCACAGCCUAACAGUUUGGGUCUUAAUCGGAGCUGUUCUUUUAUUUUCAGUGAGAGGAAACAUGCUCACAAAACAGUGCUCAGCAUCCCAGAGCUGGAGGAAAGGAGCCCACUUCAAAGGAAUUGCCAGCCACCCUGCUGAAGAGGGGCUAGUGCAGGCUGCUGAGCGCAGGCUCCUCCCCCUCGCUGGCCAGUUUGCCUUCCGAGAUCAAUUGGUUUAGGUUAAUGGUUUAAUCUAUCAGGCAGUGGAAGCAGUAAAAAGAAAUUACAGGUGCUGGAGGCAGCAUUUUAAAAGUGCGCAGGAGCUACAAGGAGUGUCCUAGAGGCGGGAAUGAUGGGCGACCAGAGUGAUUGGCUGUUCCUUGAACCAGGAGUGCCAGAGAAGGUUGGCAUUGACUUUGUCUACCCAGUAUGCGAGCUCUGCUUGUUCUCAGGCACUGAGCUUAUGCCUAUGAAUAAACACAGCCAUGUGCAUUAGUCAGUGGGACUGAAGAGUGAAGUUGGAUUAGGGAAAACACCCUGCCUGACUUUUACAGGGUAGUGGAGAUCUAAACUCAAUGCACAAUAUGUUUGUGUAUAUAUUGUGGCAAUAUAUAUUUAUCCAUAAUAUAUAUUUGUGUGUGUGUGAGUGAGUGUGAGUGUGUGUGUGUGUGUG